AUGUCAUAUCUUUGGAGAUCAGAUGAAAACGUGUGGGGAACUUACAAAGGAUCAGUGAAACAGAAAACGCAAAAGGCAAAAAAGGAAGAUGAGGGAGAUAUGACUGAGAAGAAAAACAGCCGUGAGGCAUAUCUGUGGGAAGAUCCUGGAAGAGAUCAGUCAGGAGCAAAUUCAUCAGUUGUUGCUGAUUUCAUGCCUACAUCAUCAUGGAACAUCUCAAGUGAAUUAGAUAAAGACUACUUCUUGACGCUUGAUGAACCUAUGAAUAACAUAACUACCACCCUUGGCCAGACUGCAGAGCUGCACUGUAAAGUCUCUGGCAACCCUCCUCCGACGGUCCGUUGGCUGAAAAACGAUGCUCCAGUUGUCCAAGAACCCCGGAGGAUCUCCUUCCGUGCCACAAGCUAUGGGUCUCGACUGCGAAUAAGGAACCUUGACACAACAGAUACUGGCUACUUCCAGUGUGUUGCGACUAAUGGCAGAAAGACUGUUUCUACAACUGGUGUGCUGUUUGUGAAGUUUGGUCCCCCGCCAACAGCAAGUCCAGGAUCAUCGUAA